CAUACAGGUUGAUUUCUACAAGUUUGAUACAUAUUUCUCCACAGCUCACCUACCAAUCCAGUUAUUGCUUCUUCUCUAAUUACUCCAUCGUAGUUACUUUAUUCAUUCCACCGUUCCACCGCCUCAAAUACUAAUCGGUGUUCCUGCUUGAUUCUUCUGUAAAUUCACCUUCUAUAUCGUCACGUCUUUUCCUCCGUCCAUGCCCUUUGCGUUUCUACGUUAUUGCUUCACGUAUGUCUUCCUUAUCAAGAACGUUGUUCCUCCAUCUCCCUGUACUGACUCUCUCUCAAUUAGAUUACUACCUAUAUGCUUCACCGACGUCCACUCCGAUUCGGUUUUUGAUUAGGACUCCAUUAAUAGCAAACAAAGAAGACAAAUGUUCGUUUUCACACAGGAAGCUAGGAUGUAACGAAGGUUUCAUUUUUUAUUUAAAAUUAAGCUACACUUCUAUUUGGUGGAAGCUAAGCCACCUACUUGUGAAAAUGCCCAAAAAUACACUGUGGAAUACAAGAAUGUCAACGUUACAUCGGGUGUUAGCCAAUGGUCAAGAGCGAUAUUCUAUUCCAUACUUUGUGGAGCCAAGUCAUGAUUAUGUUGUUGAAUGUCUGCCUACCUGACAUUCAAAACAAAACCCUCCCAAGUAAGUAAGUACUGGAGACUGGAGAGCCUUCCUUUAACUGAAAUUUGGGCAAAAUACAAAAAAAAAAAAAAAAAAUACAAUUUACUUUCACCAUUAUAUCGAUUUAGCCACUUUAACUAUUUUAUGCAAAAUCAAAACUAUUCCAACUAUUUUUUACCGUUUAAAGAAACCAUUUCCCAAUUAUCUAAAAAUCUUACAAAAGCAUUCAACCAUCUCAUUAUAUUCCAACUCUCAAAAGUUAUUAAUUUUGAAGAGUACUAUGGUUUAAGUAACUCCUUUUCAUACAUACAUACAUACAUAUGUUUCUAUGUGAUGAUGUCAGUGCACAUGAGAAGAAGGGAACUAUAAUAUGAAAUUGUUUUCAUUUGUUCAUUCAAAGAUGAUAAUCAUCUUUUAACAGAUAGAAUAUUCAAGUACUUUCUUUACCUUUGUGUUUCCCUUUUAUAAUAGAUAUAACGAAUUGGACUCGUGGUGGUAACUUUAUUGAAUAUUUUUAAUAAAAUAUACCUAAACGGUACCAACUGGACCUUUUUUUUGGUCUAAUCUAACUACAAACAAUUACCAUUUUGACAAAAUCUAUUUUAUUUUCUUAAAAUUUACCAUUUUCACAACAAAAAAUGACAUUUUUAACGAUCAUAACCUAUGAAGAAAUGAUCCACACUAUUACGGAAAACACUAAACGUAUCACAUCUACCACCAUAUCCAUGUAAUUUCAAUUUAAUGAUGCGUGUGUCCUCUGUUCGUUGUACUAACCAACUAUUUUCGAAACCUUUUGUACUGACCUCGAAUGUAAUGCAAAAACCUAUGAAACAAGCAUACCUUUUCAUAAAUCUCAUUUUUUUAUUUUAUGAGUCGAAUGUAAUGCAAAAACCUAUUAAACAAGCAUACCUUUUCAUAAAUCUCAUUUUUUUUUCUUUUUUGAGUCGUUUGUUAUUGUUUCUACCCCAACACAUACAAACACCAUUCAAAGGUUAUGUAAUGGUUGCAUACACACCCGUGCUCUAUUUGUAAUCAUAAUACAACAACUUUUUUAAUAUAAUACAACAAUUUUUUGAAUAUAGAACAAUACAAUAACUUUUUAUUUUCAAGUUUUCUAGACACUUUUUGACCAUCUCACAUUUUACAAGGAUAUAUAAGAACCCCAACCUCCAAAACCCAUACGCAGAGGAAAAUACUAAUCCCAUCAAAAACACUAAAAAAUUGAAGAAUCAAACUGUUGAAAACGGUUUACUGUCACUCAUUGCCUACCUUCGAGAAGUACACGAUCUCAUACAAGCAUCUCAAACCAAAACUUGCAUAAGGUUUCACCAUGGAUGACAACUCUUACAACAUCAUCUAUAUACAACAAGAACAUCCAGACUGCAAAAUCCUGAUGACCAUCCUUGAAGACGCCAGAGCUGACAACCUCUCCAUGGAAGACUAUAGCUUUCAUGCUUGGAUCAAUCCACAAAAGGAUUGGGAAGUAUAAAUGCGUGAUGAAAAAUACAUCUGAUGAAUAAAAAACAUGUGUAAUGUAGUUACUUCCAUGUCACUCUAUAAUCAAAUGAAAUAUCUAUCUUAAGUUCAUUUCGCAAACAAU